UGUGCAUGGGGGCUUAGUCCCUUUCUGGUCUCUUCAAGUCAGGCCUCCUGGCCUCGUGGGGGCGGGAAGCGGAAUGCUGGAGGCCGCCCCGCAGCUUGGUUCCCCAAGUUCCUUCUCCUGGGGGCUGGCGGCGUGGACUCGAACCCCCAGCCCCACUCUCCCCUGCCACAGCCAUCGUCGCCUGAGAAGUUAGUCCAACUUUUCUGCAGUGUUGCCAACUCUUUUUUUCCUUGUGGGGGGAGCGCCCCCGGCCUCGAGGCCCCUGGGCGUCCGACGUCGCGAGGGGCCAGGCUGGGGUCGCUCGCUGAGUCCGCGGACCGCCCACUGCCGGCGGCGCCCACUACCCCGGAGGCGGCCAGACGGAAUCUGGGUUAGCGGCCGGGCCUCCGACCAGAGUGAGCUCUGAGACGCGUCGCAGGGGCCGGAGGUGACAGAGUUAGUCCUUGAUAAUUGCCUGUGUGUCAAUGGGGAAAUUGAAGGCCUGAAUGAUACUUUUAAAAAGCUAGAGUUUCUGAGUAUGGCAAAUGUGGAACUAAGUUCACUGGCUAGGCUGCCCAGCUUAAAUAAACUUCGAAAGUUAAAACUAAGUGACAAUGUAAUUUCUGGAGGCUUGGAAAUCCUGGCAGAAAAAUGUCCAAAUCUUACAUACCUCAAUCUGAGUGGAAACAAAAUCAAAGAUCUUAGUACAGUAGAAGCUUUGCAAAAUCUUAAAAAUUUGAAAAGUCUUGACUUGUUUAACUGUGAGAUCACAAACCUCGAAGAUUAUAGAGAAAGUAUUUUUGAACUGCUGCAGCAAAUCACAUACUUAGAUGGAUUUGAUCAGGAGGAUAAUGAAGCACCAGACUCAGAAGGGGAGGAUGAUGAGGAUGGAGAUGAAGAUGAUGAAGAUGAAGAGGAAGAUGAAGCUGGUCUACCUGAAGGAUAUGAGGAAGAGGAGGAGGAAGAGGAGGAGGAAGACGAAGCAGGCUCAGAACUGGGAGAGGGAGAAGAGGAAGUGGGCCUCUCAUACUUAAUGAAAGAAGAAAUUCAGGAUGAAGAAGAUGAUGAUGACUAUGUUGAAGAACGGGAAGAGGAGGAGGAAGAGGAAGAAGGUCUUCGAGGGCAAAAGAGAAAACGAGAUGCUGAAGAUGAUGGAGAGGAGGAAGAUGACUAGAUCAUUCUAAGAUCAGAUUCCCUAAUGUUCCCAGGUGUGCAGUAGAGUGGUCACAUCUUUGUUUUUUCCUGUACGAUAGCUAUCCCUACGGAAGAUAAAAGUGUAACUUUUUAUAGGAAAAGUAUGAUUUUACUAUUUUUGCCUUAUCAUUCCAAAUAAGAUUUACUAGUCUGUUAAUGAUCAUUGUAUGUAGAGAAAAAAUUUCAUUGACUCUCCCAUUGUGAAAUUCCCUAGCAAUUUAUUUAAAAUCUUCAUUUUCUAAUUCAAGCUUAAUGUGUUAAUCAUUUUUAGCCCAUAAUUAAAACAUGAUUGCUUUUACACAGGUGUAGUAUGGUGCAUUUUAUGCAUAAGUUUCAAAGUUAUUUGUAAAUUAACAGAAAUCACAGUCAGCUGGAAUAUGAAAUGAAAAUAAUCUCUUGGAUAAAAAAUUGUUAAUUUUUUUAGAGGUGACCCAGAGAUCUUUAGUUUGAAGGUAAUGACUUUUUUUUUUUGGCUGAGAGUAUCUGGUUGCUUUUUGUUACAUGAGUAACUUGGAGAAAGUAAGCAACAGAGCAACAGUUCUAUUCAGCAAUGUAGUUCAUGGCUUUUGUGGACCCUUCUGAAACCAACUAAGCCAGGCGACUAAUAAGAUUUUAUUUUUGAAGGAAAAAUUGCUUGUACUAAAUUCAGAGACAUGCAAGUGAACCCCUUCUUCUUCAAGCUGAAGAUGCCAACAGUUGUUUGUUUUGUUUUUAAGUGUAUAUCCUUCAUUUUUCUCUCAGCAAUUCCUUAGGUUCGCCUUCCUUUCUUGUUUUACUCCUUUCCCUCUAUCUUAAACAAAAGUUGAGAAACUUAUGGAUACCCAGGGAACUGUUUAGUCUUAUACCUCAACCACCUUCUCAGACCUGUCUCAGUUUUAAACAAGCAAAGUGAAAGAAAUUGAGUAUUUUCUGAGAUGCGAAUAUUAUUAUCAAUACAAUUUUAUGCAACAGAUUCUGCUUACUGUAAUUCUUUCUUGGUUGACAAAAUGUACAGACUAUUAAGAUGAAGAAAGAAAAGGAGCAGAGGAGGCUUUUGGAAGCAGCAUUAGUGUUCUUCAAAAGUCAGAGUAAUAAUUAAUAAUAAUAAUAAUUAAUAAGAUGUGCAAGUUAAGUUAGCUUCCCAAAUGAUUUAGUGAUGGUUCUACAAAAUAUUUCUAAUUUUUUUGAGUAGAACCUUCAAUUAUUCUUCCUACAGAUCUUAAGCAUCACAGAUAGCAUUUAAUUGGAAUAUGCUGGGCAAUUGGAAAAAUAUUUGAAACUAAACUAAAUCAGAGUUAAAAUUAAGAUUUACUUUCAAGUGGAUGUCCGUUAAAAAUAGAAAAAUAAUUUGGGAUAAGUGUGAGUGUAUAGUUCCUUAUAUGGCUACUAAAUAUAAUGUGAGUAGAUAAGUACAUUUUCCUUUUUGUUGUGGAGGCUCCAUGUUCAAGGCAAUUGCUUUUUUUUUAAUCUUGGCUGUCUAAUUUUUUCCCGUUUUGAAAUUAGUUGAAGUUGUACUUCCAUAGUGGCACACAUUUAAAUUACAGAGUAUACGUAUUACUGCUUCUUUUUUAGUUUAAAAUUUAUGACUUAGGGUUUUAAAGUAAAAAGUAUGAAGUAACAUGUGGGUAAGCUAAAAAAGUUGAAAAAUUGACUGAAAUAAAACUCUUUGGAUAAGUUUAGUGGGGGAAUUGGGAUCUCCAGAAGACUAAUAUUUUACACCUUUUUAAAAUUGAAAUGCCUUGUUUUAGUCCCUAACAAUUCUCAUUACAUAGUAUGUGUAACAGUUUAUGAAAUACUUAUUUUAAAAAUUAAAUCUAUUGACUUUCUUAUCAAUCAUCUUAUUGUGCAAUCAAAAUUAGAGUUCUUUGGUUUGAAAACAACACUUAGAGCCUCCAAAUAACUUUUUAAGACUUAUUUAACUUUGUGGGUGGUAUUUCCAUGCAAAUAAGUUAAGGGUGGGGUUUAUAUUUUGUAGAAGUUUUUGGUCCUAUUUUAAUGCUCUUUGUAUGGCAGUAUGUAAAUAGUGUGUUAAAUUCUUGAAAAACUCUCCUUUAAAACUGAAGUUAAUACUUUUGUGCAUCUGUGUUUUGAAUAAAGCCAUGACAGUGUUAAAAACAAACAAAAAAAUGCAGUACUCCUGAUUAUUCUUUUAUUGUUUCUGACUGUUCUGUUUUUUUCUGUGACUGCUGUAACUUAAAAGUUUUUGAAACUGAAUUGCUUCAAAUAAAUUGAAGAUUUGUUGUUAA